AGUAGUGGCUGGCUCCUCGUGGCAGUCGUGCGGGCCGGCGGCCGCUCCCCAGCGCCGGGCUCGUGGCCAGCUGCCGCCCAGAGCCGCGAGUGGGGACAGUCGGACCGACAGCGGAGAGCGGCGGACACGCUGGCUGACUGACCUGUGACACGAGAGGUGUGACAUGAGGCAGCGCAGAGGUCACAGGUGGCUUACAGACCUGUAGUUGUGACUGGUGACCGUUUAUAGAGUGACUCAGUGACCUGAGACCUGUCAGGGCGUGACCCGGCGACUUUUGAGUGGUCGCGGGACGACUAAGUGACCUGAGGCUUGUCGUUGAGCAACCCAGUGACCUGUGACCGGUCGGGAAAGUGUCCACGAACCUGCGCACCACGAACCAUGCUGGCUGAGUCAAUCAACCCCUCCCCGCUCAUCAGCGCGCUCGCCCGACUUCACAACACCACGGCGGAGCUAGCUCUCGACGACAAUGACGACGGUGUGGACGCAUGGGCGCGCGACAUGGUCAAGGUCGUAUGCUGUACUGUGGCCGUUCUCGGCGCCAUCGGCAACCUUCUGACGCUGUGCGCCGUGCCGUACGCCAGCCGCUGCUGCCGCGCGCCGCUAGAGGUCAAGCGGCUGCGCUUCAGCACGGCCACCGUGUUCAUCCUGAACCUGGCCGUGGCCGACCUGCUCUACUGCCUGGUCAACCUGCCGCUCUACUACUUGCAGUACUCGAGCCCGGAGGUGUGGAUGAAUUCGACGGUGAUGUGCCAAGCCGCUGCGAUCGUCCGUCACACGAACGCAGCUGCGGAUUGGAUGUCACUGGCAGGAAUAGCGUUCAACAGAUGUGUUUGCCUACUCGACUUGAAAUGGAAAGACCGGCUUUUUGGCGGCUGGAGAAGCUAUGUCAUAAUCAUGUUCAUCUGGCUCUAUGGAUAUCUAGCACAGCUGUAUGGUGAGUGCGGCUGGAACCCGGUCACCCACAAGUGUGACUUUUUCGACACCCCUUCUUGGGCCCAGCCGCGCACUGUGUGGUUCCUCGUCACCUGGACGACACCCUGUGUCAUCAUCGUCAUCAGCUACGUCCUCAUCUUCGUCAAGGUCAAACAGUCCGGCAGGAACAUCAUUACGAGAGGAGACGGCAUGACCUACGUUCUAGCUCACGUGAAGACGCGCGAGGAUAAGACGUCCCGCAUGAUCUUCGUCGUGUUCCUGGCCUACUGCGUGUGUGUGCUGCCUAUCACCGUGGUAAACAUCGCCGACCCGCACGACAAACACACUAACCUCACCGUCAUCUUCUACUGCGUCUACUGGCUCCAGUACUGCUGCAACAACGUCAUCUACGUGCUCAGCAACCGGGUCUACCGGCAGGCGUACUGCAUCUUCCUGACGGAGGUGUGCCCUCCUCUGCGCCGGCUGCUCGGACGGCCGACCCGCCGGCUGCCCCGCUCCAGCACAGUGACCACAAUCAGCGGGGGGUCACUGAUGGCCAACGGCCUCGACCGUCGCCUGCGACACACCGACUCGGUUGCCAGCCAGAGGAUCGUCGGGGCCGAUAUUCUCAUCAACGGCGGGCCCGCUUCCUCACCAAACAAGCCUCGGGCCGCCGCCGGCGACUCUCCGGGAAUUGUGGUGGGCUGCGCGCGGCACCGACCGGCGCCCUCCGGGCCCAGGGGUCAGAGGCGGCUGGCCGGCCGCCGGCGCAGUCUGCCGCUGGAGAAGCCGACCGGUCCGCUGCCCGCCUGGUGGGCCCUCGACGACUCCACCUGGCUCUGGUACUACUGUGACACCAUCGCUGCGACCGUAUCCAGGAGACUGGCCUCGGCCAGCGAGCGGGCGCAGGGGAGCGUUCGGUGGACCGCACAGAGGAGAAGGGCGAUGUCCAUCUAACGUGCAAUCUGCUACCAUGUGUGCGAGCUGCAAUUGGGAAUAGAGGGAAGGGCGGGGAUUGGGUGGAGUAAUGCUUGCCUCAUUCUGAACAUAGAUGUUGUGAAAGUGCAUUAUAUACGUAUAUGGGUAAUCCGCAGACAUUGAGAAAGUCCAAAAACAAGCCGUGGAAAAAUUCAUGCCUAAACUUCACAUCCACAAUCUACAAAGUUAUUGACCAAAAUGGCGGAAAUAAUUGCAUCUCCUUUUUGCCAUUUUUGUCCGUGACAGCUUCACCGAUACCAAAUUUGUAUAUUGCAUGCCUUUGAAAUCAGUUGUAUAUGCCCAUGUACUGCCUACUUGCUACCCUCUUAUGUUUGGAACAAAAUCAUGUGCCUGAAUGCGAAACCUCAAAAUGAAGGGACCGCGAGGUACCUACUGGUCUAUUAUAUUGCAGAUAAUUGCAACGAGGCAUGUCGUACAAGGAUCUAGUAUCAGAAGCAACGCUGUAGUUGCAAAAUCGUACGUUUUUCAUAAAACUGACGAAAAAUGUAUAGUACGCCAAGUUUGUAGGCAAUGAGGCAUUUGCCAUAGUUCUUAGACCAGGCCAGUCGGUUAGUAGGUAUAUAAUUCGAAGUUAUACAGAGAGAUAACAUCGCUCUGGCCAAGUCACUUUGCCCUGUUAAUGGCAAUGUGUUCACGGAAACAGUUACAAAUGAUUGUUUACUAUUCAGUGUUGAUCUGUGUAGGUGUAGUAAAGUGACGUCACAACAAUGAAGCGUCAUUGUUGUAUGUAUGUACCUCUGCAGUGUACAAUACAUUUGUUAGUUAAACAGGGAUGGACAAUGUGAUGAUGAUUGAGUGCCAAACUUCUGCCAUAUUUGUGUGGCUUUUAACCAUUCUAA